AUGGCACCCAACAGAGGCAUCGCUGCCCACUUUGCAGCAUCCAAAGCGAGUAUCAGUCGCUCCACUCGCUCUGUCAAGUCCAAACCUGUCAAAGAUGUCGCCGCACCAGCCCCAGCAACGCAUACCGUGUCGCAACCUCCAUCGCAACAGUCAAUGCCAGCACUGUCCAGCAACGACGCGUCUUCGACUCAGGCUGCUGCUGUUGAGCUCAAAGCUCCGACGACACCCAAAAAGUCGACACCGCGAAGGCAGACUCGCACGCGUUUACGAACACCGGACGAAGGCGAGGUCGAUCGUAUCAUGGCUGAGAACGAGAGUCUGCUUCAAUCGAGUCCAUCGUCUCGACCUGCUCCUUCUUCUUUUGCCUCAGAAGAUCUACUGGUGCCUCUUCUGGGAGCGCCACCUACGACUCCGCGUGCUUCCGCUCGUUCGGCUUCCCGCCUCAGCCCUCUUCUAGAGCCAUCCCACAUCUCGCCCAUCUCGGUCCGCACUGAUCCAGAUACCAACAAGAUGUAUCUCAUGCUUUCCAGAUCACCUGCUAAAGCCUCUUCCUCUUCCUCCGCCGUUGCGAACAGUAGCAGCCCAACGAAGCGAAAGCUAGCCACACCACCCAAGUCGACCUCUCCCACCAAAACGCCCCGCACACUCGACGGCACUCCGCGACGCUUAAUCACAGGCGAACCAGAACGACUUGGCACGGAAGAAGAAGAUGGUCUGGUCCUCACGCCAGGUCGAGCUAAGGGAACCCGGGUGAUGCUCGGCUCUCCUAGCAAGAGCCCGCUGCUCUCCAAGUUGGGUGAUACGCCGAGGGGACAGGCACUCCGACGCAUCGUAGACGAGGAUGACGAGGCUUACAUCACUCCACGCGGCGUGAGGCAGAGACCGAAAGGCAUCCCUCUUCCACCUAUGGCCACACAAUCUGCGGCGGCGGUGUUUCGUGGUGCUCAACUACCAGCUUCCUCGAGUGCACCGAGUCUCGGACAGCCACCGACACUCUCGCAGGCUGCAUCGUCCUCUUCCUUGAACCCAACCGGGUUGUCACACAGCGAGAUCGAGCCUUUGGGAGAGGAAGACCAGACGGAGCUGCCGCAGCCUAAACACGUACUCUCUUCCGAUCUUGCCCUCCCUUCGUUCUAUUCGAGCAUAAUGACGCUCCACGUAGCGCUCGAGCAUGCACUCGUCGUGCACCUCGCCACCGCCGGCUGUGCCAGUGCCACCUUGGAGUCCUCUGCUCAGGCUUCGGACGAGGAUGAUUUCUCCGAUCCCGAACUACCACACCGCCAAGAACGGAAACGAACCAAGACCGUCCGCCUGCCGAAUCUUAUCUCUUAUACAGCUCUGCGACCCCUCGUCGAGCGAUCGGGUGGUCGACGACUUGGGCCAACCGAACUCAAGCGCCUCGCCAGUGUCUGGGUCGACUUCCAACGCUCCUCUGCUGCCCUGCAGCAAGGACGACCAGAAGCAGCGCUCAAAGGCGAAGAGCAGGAGGAAGUACGAGGGCUGGGUUUCAUCAUCUCCAAGACGCGAAGCAUGGACGCACGCACGGGUCGACGGGCGCUCGACUGGGGUAUUGGGAUCGAGCUCGAGAUCAAACGUACCAUUCGCGAGCGUACUCCGCCGACUCAGGUCAACUUUGGUGGAGUCGAAGUGCAAGCUUCUCCUGUACUGCCUUCCUCAGCCGAGGGGUUUGACGAGAGCGUCAAAGGAACGCCCAAGAUGCCUGCAUCACGGUUUAGCACCCCUCCACCACCGUCAUUGUCGUCGUCUACGGAGAGGCAAGCGCUGCGAUCGCCGUACCUCCAUCAACCGCACGCCUCGUCAUCGCCACUGCUCGCUUCGCCGCGGAGGAAGAUGCGAGCAGCAUCGCCAACACCGGCCUCGCCUAAGACACGGAGCAGCGUUGGAGCCGUCAAGGCACGCGAGGGGAUGUCCGUGGUUGCCAUGUGGAACAACGGGCUGGAGACGCGGAAGGCUGAAGUGGGUCGGCGGUUGCGCGAGCGGUGUGCGCGGUUCCAUCAGCUGUGGUUGGACGAAAAAGGAAUCUCGGUUCCUGUCGCGGUAAAAAGCGAACCGCAAGAGCCAUCUACGCCUUCGUCACGCCGAUCGCAGAAGCAGGAACAGGAGCACCAGACAAUCGGCCUUGGUAUAGCAUCUGCUGCUGAUAGCGAUGACGACGAUAACGACGAAGACGAAGCUGGGCGACUACUGCCGAGAGAAGCGAUCAUGGGCGCGGGAGGGCUGCUGACCCCUUCGGCGACGCGGUCGGGCGGUCGACGCGUAGGCAAGCGCAUGUUUCAUAUGGACCCGAGCGAGCUGGAUCGCGAUGGGCUUGCAUCUUCGGGCGAGGACGAAGACGAUGAUGCCGGAUUGGCGAGGCUGCGUGGUGGCAAUGGAGGAAAACAGUCGCUCAUCGAGGAGGUUUCGGGCAGCGUUGUAAGGAGUUCUAGAUCUAUGCCGCAGCUGCGCGCCACUUCUGCCAAUGCUGUAGCGACGGAGAAGGCAGGAGAGGCUGGCGAGAUUCCUGCAGAGGGGGAGCUACUGCACGCAUGGCACCCAGAUUUCCCACUGGACGAUCCGCGUGUUGUCAAACCCGUUCCGCUUGCCACUUUGCCCUCGCUGACGGCAACGCUGGCUACACCGCACCGCAACAAGGACAAGACACUUUUCGGUGGCGGCUUGGACCCCUUGACUCCCAAGAAGCCGGUCAAGUACAUCAGCGCUGUGCCCCUGGCCGCCAGCACCAGCGUCACGCCCGCUGCACCCGCCGCGUCCACCGCGGGCCUGACGCUACGCGAACGCAUCCAAGCGAAAGAGCAACUGCGUCGAACCGCCUCGCUCCCCUCGCUCGCCCCUUCCGCCUCCUCCUCCACCGCCUCAUCUUCGACGCUGACGCCGAUGCAGGCGCUCUCGCAACGCGCGCUCGUUUCGCGCCUCCCCGAACUCUGCUCCAUCCUCUUCAUGCUCUUCUCGAACGGUACCACGCUCUCGUCCACCGGCAUCACCCGAUCACCCACCAUCCCUAUGCACGAUCUGCUCACCAAGCUAGCCAAAAGCGUCAAGAUCCAGCUCAGCGCCCGAGAGUGCAGGUCCGCCAUCGACGUGCUCGCCAAGAUUGCCCCCGGCUUCCUGCUCGUCAUCAACCCGACCGAUGGCGCAAGUGCGAGCGCCGCACAGGGUGGAGGUAAGGAGUAUGUCAGGCUGGGGAACAACGCUCAGACAGGCACCCUGUGGCGGCUUAACGAGGUGCGUGCGAGAAUCGCUGUCGAGCUGAACGGCAAGUGA